GCUCACUCUUUCGACGAGCCCGUGCUCAGCGACAGAGAGCGAGUCAAGGUGGAGGCCAUGCCCAACGUGCUUGACCUGCACAACGCAGACUCUGAAUCCAUUCCCAGCACACCGUCCAACAGCAGUUCCAGAAGUCAUGACGGAGAGUAUGGUCAUGGUGGUGGCCAAGCUGGACGAGCUGGGCAAGCUGGGCAAGCUGGGCAAGCUGGGCAAGCUGGACAACCUGGUCUCCUCCGACAUGCCUCUGAUACAGGCAACGUCCGGCUCUCCUUCCCACAAGGAGGGCAAGCACGGAUGACCACGGCAUCAUCGCUCAAGGACGUUCGCUCUGUUCUCAAGAACAAGCAAUGGCUUGAUGAUCAUGAUCGUUUGAGAGCUGAGAAGGCCCGGCUUGACUCGCGGCUUCACGAGGCGCUGUUGGUCGACUCGAAAGAGGAGGCUCUGGCUCGGGCAGCACACUACAUUGAUGUGGCGCUGACCGAGCGCAAGGUGCAGCUCGGCGGUCUCACGCGGUUCCAGCGCAAUUUGUACCUGCUCCGCAAGAACUGGAUGUACCUGUGGUUCAUCCGGCUCAAUAUCCUUCUCCAGCUCGGCCUCGUGCUCAUCGAGCCGGCGUCGCGGCGGACGGCGGAGGACAACCACAAGCAGUUUCUUGCCGAGGUCAUCAUCGGCUCGUUUUCGGUCUUUAUCCAGCUUCUGGAUGUGUGGAUCCGGGCGUAUCCGUUUGGCCUCUCGCACUUUAAGGAGCCGUGGAAUUCGGUCAAUGCAGCUGUGGUCUGCAUCAAUGGCCUGGACAUCAUUUUCCGGCUCUCGCGGGUCAGCUCGUUCCGGUUUUCGCGGGCGGCACGACCGCUUCUACUCAUCGCGCAGUCGCGGCGCCUGCGGCAGACGUUCUCGCUUAUCGUCAAGUCGAUGCCGGCGGUGCUCGGCGUCGGGCUCAUUUUCUUUGUCAUUACCGCUUGUUACGCGCACCUCGGCGUUAUGCUCUUUCAGGGCCAGUACAGCUACCGCGAGGAUGAGAUCCCGGCCGGCGACUUUAACACGUGGUCGGCGGCCAUGCUCUCGCUCUUUUUCCUCAUCACCACCGAGAAUUACCCGAUGAUUAUGUACCCGGCGUUUGACGUCUCGCAGUACGCGUCGGCGUACUUUAUGUCGUUCAUCUGCGUCCAUUUCGUGCUCAUGGCACUCCUUCUGGCCGUCGUUUUUGACGCCUACUCGGAGGAGCACCGCAGCCACAUUGUGUCGUCGCUGGUCAAGGAGAAGCGCAACCUCAUGCUCGCCUUUCACUGCAUUGACCGCGACAACUCAGGCUUUGUCGAUGUCUCCGAGUGGGAGGACUUGCUGAGAGUCAUCCGGCCCGACCUCGACCCGGAGCAGUCGCGGCUCAUGUUUGCGCUGCUCGACACCGACGGCGACGGCGAGCUCAACGUCGACGAGUUCACCAUGCUCGCCGACAUGCUGACGUGGAAGUUUGAGCGCCUGCCGGAGCGCGACCUGUGGCAGCGGAUGUGGGACAAGGUGGCGUCGGUCAUCGGCGUCCCGCUUGCCCUUCUCUACCUCGUCGCCAUCGGCAAGCCCCUGGAGUACGUGUACAAGGCCGCCAUCAUAGUCAAUGCCAUCCUGCAUCUUGUUUACGUCGAGGACACACUGCCCAACUUUGUCGCCUACCUGCUCCUCAUCUUUGUCAUCUUCUUUACUCUUGUUCUCGCCAUCAAGCUCUGCGGACUCGGAUACUCGACGUUCAAGUCGUCGGCGUUCAACCUGUGGGACACGUUUGUCAUCGGCACGACCUGGAUCUUGUACAUCUGCUACAAGGCCGGCUGGGUCCCGCACUUUUACAAUGUCACGUGCUUCCUCCUUCUCUCGCUGUGGAACGUCCGCCAGCGGCACAACGGGCUCAUCGCCAAGAUGCUCGGCAUCGACGAGCGGUUUGACUCGUUCCUGGCCUCGGUCAAGCAGUCUGGCUCGAUCAUCUUCUCGCUCCUUGUCGUCGUCUGCCUCCUCCUCUACUCGUACGCCAUCAUCGGUAUGGAGCUCUUUGCCGGGCGGUUCGACAAGCCGGCUAACCCGCCGUACGACAACGAGGAGGCCAACUUUAACGACUUUGGGCGGGCCCUGCUCACAUGCUUCCAGGUCCUUGCCACCAACAACUUUAACGAGAUCGCCCGCUACGCUGCCUACUCGACGGGAAACCCGUACACUUCGUGGUACUUUAUCUCGCUCUGGACGCUUGUCACCACCCUCCUGGUCGAUCUCCUCGUCUCGCUCCUCAUUGAGGCCUUUACCCGGACUGUCGACAACCCCGAGAUGAACUCGCAGAGCUUCCUCCUUGGAGACGAGACUGGCUCGAUCAAGGUCCGCCGUCGGCGCCGCUGGUCACGCGAACUCAUCAAGCGCGACUUUUCCGAGGGCGAUCGCGAGCAGCUCCUUGUCCAGGCUCGCGACGCGCUGGUGGUUAAGCUCACCCACUUUCACCAGCGCUCCAUGCACACCAUGCACACCCGCAACGCGGCGUACACCACCCUCCGCUCGCCUGUCGACGACAUUGGCGGGACACACGUCAACGAUGCCACCGAGUACUCGCCUCUUCUAGCCUAAAAGAAGGCAAGUCGCACCUGUCGCGCCAUUGAUCAUGCCAGUCCGGCCUUGGAGCUCGUGUGCCGCGAGAAGCAGCAGUCGGUCGAGCGGCCGGUGAGUGUCAACACCCGACUCGACUCGACGCGGCGGGCAUGGCAAAAGCAACAGGCUACAGCGAGAUACAGUGGCAUCACGGACGCCCGAGCGAGGGAGGAAAGUAUGCCGGACUAGCUGCACGCGGGGUGUGUACGGCAACUGUGGGAAAGUAUGUAUGCGUGUUUGGCGGCUUCUUUCAGACCGCGCCGGCCGAGCAAGAGUGGGACGGCGAUGAGGCGGCCCGCGACACGAUGGUGGUGAUAGACGGGUGGGCGGUGAAGGAAGGCUUUGAUGACAGAGUCUCUGCUGGCAGCGACAGCGGUAGCGACAACGAUAGUGGCAGAGAGGAUGGUAUCGCGGGUGGGGUUGGAUCGACGGGCGAGCAAAGGCCGCGACCUUGCGGGCGUGGUCAUGGCCACAUGGCGAGCUUGGGCGAUGACAAGGUGCUGCUGUUUGGGGGAACAUACUUUGAUGACGAUGCCGAUGACGAUGUGUACCUUAAUGAUACAUGGCUGUUUGAUGUCGGCAAGCGCAAGUGGCAAGAGCUGGCGCGGUACGGCGCUGAGCCGCAUCAGCGGGCCGAAGGAGUGAUGGUGGCGGUGCCGGGUACGCACACUGAUGUGUUGGCGGCGGUGCUGGCAUUGAUGGAUCCGGAUACUUUGGCCAAACUGGAAAGUGUCGGACUUGAGGUUCGUGCACGCGAUGGAUGCGCUGUGCUGUUUGGCGGGACAUGCUGGCCGGACGAGAUCGACUCGCGGUUCUACCGCGACGUUCGGGUUGCGGUCCUUGUGGGACGUGCUGACGGCGGGUGUGCGACCGGUGUGGCUUGGAUCAAAAUCAAUGCCGGUGGGAUCCGGCCGCCAACGCUGCGCGGGGCAACUGGAGUGUUUGACGCAGCGAGCGAGGCGCUCGUCAUCAUCGGCGGACGGCAUCAGUCGCCGUUCGACGACGUCUUUUACUACGGCGACGUGUACUCAUUGGAUCUGCUGAGCAUGACGUGGGAACAGCUUUCUGUAACUGGCGAUGGCUUCCGCCCGCGUUUUGACCUCGGUGCGGCGUACGUGGGACCGCUGGAGCGCACGAUCGUGUUUGGUGGCAACGUUGUGGACGACUACCUCGACGACGGCCCACACAACGACGUGUACGAGCUCAACACCAACGUGUCGCCGGCGAUGUGGCGGGCGGUGGGCCGAGGCAGCUCUCGCGCACCAGGAAGACGGUUCCAGCACGCGGUGGCAACCGUGAGCUGCGGCGAGUUUGUACGGGUCUUUGUGGUUGGCGGCUUCACCAACACUGGCGUCCGGGACGAGUACUACCCCGAUCUCUCGUGGUUCGACCUUCCGCUGUUGUAGUGAGAAUGGCGGGGGCGGUUAGCAGCUGUCCGCAGCGACGAUGCUGGUCGUUGGACCGGGUGGCGUAGUUGGCUUCUGGGGUUAGGCGCGGUCGGCCUCUUCCCACAUGCCCAUGGCACUGCCCUCGGUCUUGUCCCUAGUGAUGACCAAGAGCUGGCACCGGUCCGACAUGCAACAUACGUCCGAUAUGUGUCGUGGUGCAUGACGAGGCCUAUGCUGCUUGCGC